AUGCAACAGGGCUACCGUUAUCGUCCACCACUAGUUAUUAGCAAGACAUUUGCCGAGUCAUUGCCUGCUUUUUCGAAUCAUAUCCAAAAAAUGACAGAAUGUUAUGGUGCGCCAUUAACGAUGGUGAAUUUAGUGGAACAGAGUGGAAGGGAAGCGCAACUUGCCGUAAGCUUUUUACAACACAUUCUUCAGCUAAAUUCGGUGGAUGUCGCCUAUUUCACAUUCGAUUUUCAUUUUCGCUGCCGUGGACUUCGAUUUCAUAAGGUUGCCGAUUUAAUUUCAGCAUUAUCGGAGCAGAUUACAAUGACCGGAUUUUGUUGGGUUGACAAAUCGGGUGAAAUGGUGCGCGAACAGCAUGGUGUAAUUCGUACGAAUUGUGUGGAUUGCCUCGAUCGAACCAAUGUUGUGCAGGUAAUUUGUUAG